UUGCCAGCUGUUUUGUUUCCGCUCUUUCUCAUGGCUGACAAACAUAUUUCGUGCUAGGCUAAAAAUUGUAAUCUUUUCGUGUGCCGUUUUGUGUAGAAAUUAAAAAAAAUGGAGGGAAAAUAUAAAAGAGCCCGCAAAAAACGCUUGCAGGAAUUCAGUGGUGAGGAUAAAAUACAACUUAUAAGAAAUGUGGAAUCCCGCCCAGUACUGUGGGAUUUAUCAAAUAAAAGCCAUUUUGAUGCCACCAUUCUGAAAAAAGCCUGGGAGGGAAUCGCUAGGGAAAUGGAUAAAGACGAUCAUAGUUGCAAGCUGGCUUGGAAGUCGCUCCGUGAUAGCUACAAGUACCAUUUGAAAUCCAAGCGAACGAAGAGUGCUGAAGGUGACCCACUAGGGAAGCCAAAGGGCAUGUCAGAGUGGGAUUUCGCACCCUACAUGGCGUUCCUACCGGAAGUGACCACGCAGAGGCAAACAACCCGAUCUUGUUAUUCCGAAAUCGAGGAAGCAAUGGAGCAGUCGUACUCCAUUGAUGAAUCGCUGAACUACACAGAAGACUUGAAAGAGGAAGCGGAGCUGGAGGUGUCCCUGGAAUUGCCUUCCUACGCUGAAGAAAGAAGGACCGCCAAAAAGCGUAAGGUUGAGCAAUCACCGGCCGCAAAAAUAUGUGGCAUCCUGGGAAACUACUUGCAGCAACAGCAAAACACCACCAUUCCCACUCCCGCAAGGCCCAUAUUUGUGUACUGGGAAUCGGAGCUCAAUAGUUUGUCUCCGGAAGACGCUGCUGAAGUCGAACAGAAGAUGACGAGGCUUCUGUGGGAGGAGAAAGCCGCUAGGAACUAAGUAUCGGUUAAUAAAAGUUAAUAAAAGAACAUAUUUUAAUCUUGUCAAUA